AGCCGUUUGCGUGCGCACCGUUGCUUCCUGUGUGUGUCUUCAAUGGAGUCGUCCUCUCGAUGAUCUGAUGUUUUUUUGUGUGUUUUCUAUCUGAGGAAAAGCUGAAGGCUGCGUGACAUUUACACGGUUAGGAAGGAAACAACAGAACAAAAUGAACAGAAUAUUCGGACGCGGGAAGCCAAAGGCGCCUCCUCCCAAUCUGUCGGACUGUAUCGGGAAUGUGGAUGCGAGGGCAGAGUCCAUAGAGAAGAAGAUCAGCAGACUAGACGCUGAACUGAUGAAGUACAAGGAUCAGAUGAAGAAGAUGAGAGAUGGGCCCUCGAAGAACAUGGUGAAACAAAAGGCGAUGAGAGUCCUGAAGCAGAAGAGGAUGUAUGAAGGGCAAAGAGAGCAGCUGGCUCAGCAGUCUUUUAACAUGGAGCAGGCAAACUACACAAUCCAGACAUUAAAGGACACCAAGACAACAGUGGAGGCCAUGAAGAUCGGUGCAAAGGAAAUGAAAAGGGCUUACAAGGAUGUCAAACUUGAUCAGAUUGACGAUUUACAGGAUCAGCUUGAGGACAUGAUGGAGGACGCCAGCGAAGUACAAGAGGCCCUGAGCCGCAGCUACGGCACUCCAGAGAUAGACGAGGACGAUCUUGAAGCAGAGCUGGACGCGCUGGGCGAUGAGCUGCUGCUGGAUGAUGACAGCUCGUAUCUGGACGAGGCCUCAGCUGCCCCGUCCAUUCCCGAAGGAAUCCCCAGCGACAGCAAGACAAACAAGGACGGUGUUUUGGUGGAUGAGUUUGGCCUGCCCCAGAUUCCCGCCACAUAAACAGGGGAUGGAUUAAAACAACUGCACUUCAACUGAAAACACUUUUAUAUGUAGAGUAACAUUUAUACAUGCAAAACCAUUUGACCUGAGAACACUACGAUUUUCAAAGCUGUGUUGGGUUGUGUAUUGUUACCACUACUGUGCUAGCAUGUGGCCUUGUAACAUACUGAACCUUUUUUAAAAAC